CUGUAUUAGUGUUGCUCCGAUUAAAAGUAAGCGCCCUGCUGUAAAUAUAUGUGUUUUAUAUGAUUAAGAGGAUAUAGUAGCAUAUUUACAUUCGCUUUCUGAGAUGGAAGAUGACCAGAAAACAAAUAAGCAGACUUCAUACUGCGUGGGUUGUGGGUAUCAGAUCCUGGAUCGGUUUGUCCUGCGUGUUUUUCCUGAUCUGGAGUGGCACGCGGAGUGUCUUAGGUGCGCAGAGUGCCACAAGUAUUUGGACGAGUCGUGCACGUGUUUCAUCAGAGAUGGGAAAACCUUCUGCAAAGAGCAUUACAGCAGAUUAUUUCCCAGUAAAUGUGCAAAAUGCUGCAAAAUCUUCACCAGAAAUGAGUAUGUCAUGCAAACACGACUUGGCGUUUAUCACGUUCAGUGUUUUCGAUGUGAGAGCUGUGAUCAACAGUUACUCCCCGGAGAUGAGUAUGUCCUGCGAGAGGGUCGACUGUUUUGUAUGGACCAUCAUGAACUACCAAACCUACUGAGUACUUCAAAUAACACGCAUCACAAAACACAGGACCCUGAUAUGUAUGAUAACACUAAAUCUAUACCACAGUCCAGUUCUCCCUGGUCAUCAGCACAGAGGAGGUCAGAAAGAGGCACACGUGUGAGGACGGUUCUCAGCGAAUCCCAGCUUCGAAUGUUACAGACCUGUUAUAGUGCAAAUCCCAGACCUGAUGCUCUCGUGAAGGAGCAGCUGGUGGAAAUGACGGGUCUAAGUCCCAGGGUCAUUCGGGUUUGGUUCCAAAAUAAGAGAUGCAAAGACAAGAAGAGAAGUCUGAUGAUGAGGCACACAGAGAAGCAGCACGACGGCCAUGUGGAUGUUUCUGAUGAGCAAAUGAUGGUCACUAGUCCAGAAAGUCAAGACGGUGACACGCUGGGAAGCCCAUCAUGGAAACUACUGACCAACUUUAUUCUGCAAAAGCAUGCUGACCAGGGCUCGUGCCAUCAUGUGCUCUCUUUAUCAAAGGAAGGUCCCAGUUCUGCUUUAAGUGAAGUUGUGUCAAUAGCAGCUCAGUUAUCAGACACACCCAGCAGUCUUGCUGCGCAGGGAUGAAUGAGUAAACAGAGCAAUACUGCAAAUUCACCUUCAACACUGUUUGACA